AGUUCAGACUGGAAAUAACCAGAGCUACACGGUGCAGUGUUUAUUUCAACAUUGUGCAAGAUGUGGCGUUAUACCUUCCCCGUGAUAGUGUUGGUGCUGACGACCAGUGCGGUACAUGUAACGGCAGAUCGAUUGAGCAGAGUGGAGAGUCAGCUAAAACAGAUCAAGAUAUUUCAAUCGUUUGUUAUGGCGAGAAUGGAUACAAUGGAAAUUGAUAUUGGAACAUUAGCCACAAAAGUAGCAAGGAUAGAAUUUCUUGAAAAUUCCACAGAAUCUGAAAAUACUGGAACUGAUAGUCCUAAGACUGACCAUACAACCGUGCAUGUAAAGCAAUCUGAACUAAAUCAAGUCCAAAGAACUCUUAAAAUGUAUAAACAUUCCUUUGCCAAACACAAAAAAGAAUUCUUGGCGAUAAAUAAUGUAAUCGAAGACACUUUGGUGGUGUUUCGAGAAAAUGCAUCGACAACUGUAAAAAAGUUAGUCAAGACUGUCAAUGAACAUGUCGAAACUAGUUCAGAUAAUGUAGCUAUGACUUUGGAAAAUAUAUCUAACGCAUCAGCUGAAAGUGAAAGUACAUUGCGCUCUGAUUUGUUGAUAUAUUCAAAAAACAUGAACGCCGAAAUUCAGAAGAACUUGGACACGCAACUACAAGCGGCAACAGCUGAAAUGAACAAUACAAUGACGGGACUGAUUGGCAAAGCUAAUAAAGUUGUUGGCAUCAUUGACGAAAAGGUAUCUACUUUUGAGGGAAAUAUAUUUGGCGUCAUCAGUUCACUUCACGGCCCCUGGACUGACUGGUCGUCGUGGUCUGAUUGUUCAAGGUCUUGUGAGACGGGCACUAAAACUAGGCACAGAUCCUGUUACGUCCCACCGGCUGUAGCUGAUGCAAUAUGCAUUGGCAAUGCUACGGAGACAGAAGAAUGUGUCAUUUAUGACGUUUGCCCGUACGACUGUGAAGGAUUUUUAAAAGAAGACGUCAGUUUGACGUCGGGUGUAUACAACAUAACUUUGGACAGUGGAGACAAAGUAUCCGUAUACUGUGACAUGAAAACGAAAGGUGGUGGUUGGACGGUUUUCCAGAGGCGGUGGUCCGGCAAUAAAGAAAAUUUUAACAGGAGUUUUGCGGAAUACGAGAAUGGGUUCGGUUCUCUGGAUGGGGAGUUUUGGUUAGGACUAAAAAUAAUUCACGAAAUGACAAGAAUGAAGAAUAUGACUUUACGUGUGGACGUAGAAAGUUUUAAUGGAAUUAUUGCCUGGGAUGUUUACACUGGUUUUUUCAUCUCACCUCCGGAUCGCUACGAGUUUCACGUCUCUGAGAGAAUUAAAAUGUUUUACAUGAGAAGUAUACUUACACUGUCACAUACGUCCACAAACCACCGACCGUUCUCGGCCUAUGACAGGGAUAUGGACAAUCUGGAGAAGGAAAACUGUGCCCAUGAACAAGGAGGUGGUUGGUGGUAUUAUGAUAAUUGUUCGGCUAGGUCUAGCCUUCAUACACGCUUCCUUUCUUAUGGAUUGUAUGUAUUGGACGCAUCUCAAAUGAUGUUUAGAAGGAAUGUAUUGCUAUAAAAUCUUCUUAUCUACUCCAACUUGACGAUAAUUUGGUGUUUUACGUAUGUGUGCAAACCUAGAUAUUAUAAUUAAUUUUCGUUUUAUAUUUAGAAUUUGCACAUUAUAUUUUGACUUUAAUCAUGUUAAAUGUGUUCAAUGAUCAAAACUAUGUCAUUUUAGGUAUUUUCAUAAUGUUAAAUAUCGCAAUUAAUAAAAAAACUAUGUCAUUUUUGUAAUUUUGAUAAUGUUCAAUAUAGCAAAUGAUAAAAAAAACUAUGUUGUUUUAGUUAUUUUGAUAAAGUUCAAUAGUCGUAAUGAUAACAUUGUAUUAUUUUAUUUAUUUUGAUAUUGUGUGUAAAGUGUAAAUGGUAUAAGCUAUAUUAUAUUAGUUGACCCUUAUAUGCACAUUUUACAUUCGCAGUAUAAUCGUAUUGUUCAUAAGCUUAUAUCAUAAAAGUAAAUAUCUUAUUUAUCUAGCGGUUAUACCGUUGAAUUCAUGUUCGUAGUUAUGUAAUACAUUGGUACCGGAUUCAUUUUCGUGUUAUCAUUUUCGUAGUUAUCAUUUUCGUAGUUACGGAAUACAAUGUGUUUCGGCUCUGUUGGAUAUGACGCCAUUUAGAGGCUUACAAAGCAUUGUUUGGGGUUAUGCUCUGUGACCCGAUGCCGAACUAACUAACCAUUAUCCAUGUUUUGAAAUAAUAUUCCUUUUAUAAAAGCUAAAUAUAAUAUUCUUUCUAGUUAUGUGUUUGUCAAUAACAAUAAGAUCAUUUAAAGACGGACCUGGAGAUUAACGCCUGGUACCCAUGAUCCCAACGUUCGACUGCUUGCGUUACCUAGCGAGCUCUAAAAGUGCAUAUUAAGUUUCUAGGUUCUCCUAAUUCGGAUACAAUGAAUGACACGCUGAUGUAAGGUAUCAAUAAGUGAUCAUUCUCUGUUUACCGUUUUUACGUUUGAAAAGUUGUUCUUAUCUCACUCCCAUCAAUGUCCGACCUAUCCUCCUUAUUAAGGCGUUCCAGAACCACCGUUUUGUUGAAGCGUUUGAGAACGAUGAUUGUCUGGGGAUUUCUUUAUUCAUGUUAACUGUGAAAAGUACUAAGACGUUGAAAAGGAACAAAGAAAAUAAAAAAAAAUAGAAUUUAAAAAACAAACCAUUUCUUCUAAUCACUCCGGUAUACGAAUGUAGUUCGGGUAUAUUUCAUCACACUAGAUCUAUAACAAACUAAACACGGUGGAGAAACCACGUGACUUAUUGGUCAAGUGUAAGGCAAAUAUUAUAUAUUUAUACUGUACAUAAAAGUAGAUGGCAAACUAGAAUAACAAAAGCAUGUUAUGUGCUGGAAAUACAUAUUUGUUUUACACAAAAGGUCGUUGGCAGAAUUAAAUUUCUAUAGAAAAACAACGAUGGUAGCUCCAGGAUUUUGAGUCAUGAAGAGGUCUUUAACCAACUUUAUACUUUUAUCGUGCAUAAUGCACGAUACAAAUACCUACUAUAAUACAGGGACAUUAUUACACAGACGCAAAAAGUCUACGAGUAAUACGUCUUAUAGAUAUCAAUACCUCCUGGCAAUUUUGAUCUUUAACAAAAUCGAUUUUUAAAAUUAGUUUGUCCGUUGUCAAUCAUAUGCAUUUUCAGUUUUCAUCUCUACGGGUUUUAUUUGCAUAUCAGUAAUGACAAAAUCACUUAAGAAAAAAAACGCCAGUAGUUAACUAUGCAUUUUGAAACAAAAAUCCUCAACAAUAUGGCUACACACUUAUUUUUUGUUUUUGUUUCUAUUGAUGAUGUCUUUUUGAUUGUUUAAUUGUCAUGUUUAUGUAAACCGGUCUCUUUUAUUUAAUAUGACGUAACAUAUAGUUUUCUAUAUAUGACGUCAUAGUUUUCUGUUACUCAAAAUAGAAAUGUGGUUCAAAUAAUUGUAAGGUUUUUUCUAUAAUUGUUUGCAAAAAAACAUUGAUUACCAAGGACACAUUGUUAUAAAAAACAUCAUGAACUUAGCUUUAAAACGCCAUCACACAGUUUAAUCUUCAUAUGUUGUUUUAUGUGCCCUAUAUCCAAUGAGGAUCAGAAAUUUCAUGUUUGCCAAUCCGCUAUUGAUCAUUUUAUUUAAUUAACUAAUUAUCUUGUUGUUUUCUUAAUAACAAGGCAAACAUAUUCAAACUGUUAAUAAUGAGGAAAGUAAGAUAGGUAUGUAUUUCAACUCUUUUUUUGGUAAGUGUUGCUGUUUUAAGCAAAGCUCUGUGAAUUACGUGUGUUGAAAUGAAAUGCGAAUCUUCCAAUGCUGUUUUAUGUGCCAUAUAUCAAAUGAGGAUCAGAAAUUUGAUGUUUGCCAAUACGUUAUUGUUCAUUUUAUUUAAUUAACUAUUAUAAUUAGAUCUGCUGUAGUUUCGAAGUUGUUUUGUGAAUACCUAGUCAAACAUAUUCGAACUGAUGUUAUUGUGGAAAGUAAGAUAUGUAUGUAUUUCAACUCUUGUUUGGUAAUAUUACUUUCAUAUUCGUUGCAUAGUUAACGCAGUCAGAUUGCUAUACAUAUAAUCUGGGAGUAGGACUUUGUUAUUGGUCCCAGGUAUGAUUGAUGAAUUGUAUUGUGUGUAUGUUUUGUCUUAAUUUGUGUCAAUCGAGCUUUUAAUUUGCUAGGGUAAUGUCAAGCGGAUUUGCGUGUACAUAUUUUUAAUAAAGUUUCUUUUUUGGA